AUGGAGGAAGAGGCCGAGGUCUCCAUAGUGGAACACGAGCACCGACGACGGCAGGUCGCGAAGCCCUUCUACUACGGCACCGCGCUCGUGCUCUUCGUGUCGGCCUCGUUCUGCGCGGCCGCCUACCUGCCGGGAGUGUUCUCGCGCCGCGUCUACGUCAUGGACGAAGUCGUGUGCGCCUCGAGCAGCUGCCAGGCGCUCUCGAGGCUCAUCAACAGCUCCGUCAACGGAGACCUGGACCCGUGUGACGACUUCUACGCAUACGUCUGCGACGGCUGGCGUCGGUCGCACUCACUGCGACCCUCGGAGUCGCGCCGAAGCGUCUUCGACGAGGUCGAGCAGAGCGUGAGGGCCCGUCUCCACGAUGCGCUCUGGAAGACGUUUCGCCAGAGCCUCAGGAACCGCACCAGCAGAAGCUCGUUCGCCAAGCUGGCCACCGUGUACGCCGCCUGCGCCAAGUCUCUGACGCCCGAGGGCAACGGAGUCGUCUCGAUGCGCAAGUUCCUCAAGCAUAUGAACUUGGCGUGGCCCGACGAGGAAGCUCCGCAAGGCGGCAACGCCACCGACCUCCUGGAGCUGUUGGUCACGUUGUCCAUGAGAUGGGACGUGAACGUGCUCUUCUCGUACUCCGUCAGAUCAUUGAGCAAGGAGAAAGGAGCCAUCGUGCUGGGCCCUCCGGCGCCGCUUAUACCGGGCAGACUGACGGACGCCAAGAAGUCGCUCUACGAGAAGCUUAUUGUGAGCCUCGCUUUCCUGUUCGGCAGAAGAAGCGAGUACAGCGACUUCGCGCGGCGCCUCGUGGCCGUGGAGCAGGACAUCGCGCGCUUGCGGGACCAAGACCACGUUCUCCUCACCUACAUGGUGAAGGAUCUGGGAAACCUGUGCGCCGACUUUCCGUGGCAAAAGUGGAUGUCUGCGUUGAACAAAAACCUACCGCCUCAGGCAGCGCUGACGGCGCAGAAGUCGGUCAUCGUGCGGCACCCUGCGUACAUUGGGCGGCUGCUGACGUACUUUCUCGGCCACGAAUAUCCGGAAGACAUCAAGGCGUACCUGGCCCUUCGAGUGCUGCUCAGGUACGGUCAGGCGAUCUACGACAUCCGCCACGUCCAGGAUAUCGUUCUGCGCGCCGAGAAGGACGUCCCCGUCGAUGAAGUGAUGCGGACGUGUCAGCAGUGGCUCAGCCGAUCUGAUGCUCGACACGUGGAAUUCGUUCGUCUCCCAGUCGCUGGCCAAACGGCGCCGACAUCGAGCGGCUCACGCAGCUCGUGUCGGACAUAA